AUGGUAUCACAUAGGAAGAAGCCAAAGGCUGGCGGCCGUCAGAACCCCAACGCUGCUCGGAAAACUCCGCCGCCGCCCGAAUUGCCGCGGCCAUCCAAGCCUCCCCGUCUCGUCUGUGCUAACCAACCAAAGACACAUGGUAACAACGACACCAAAAAAGCCACCGAUCGAGCUUAUAGCUCAAAUACGACGCAUGAAUCUAGAGAGCUUGAUGAACUAGGUUUCAGAAGACAUCUGGAUCAGUUGAAUGCAGCGCACUUUCUCCGCUCAAAGGUAGCCAAUUUUGGGGAGUUAUCUCUCAGCCAGAAUGCUCCUCCUCUACCCACAGCUGGGGAUGCCUGGGCAUCAACAAACACUACUCUCCAACCACCUGGGGCGAGUGUCUCAGUGUCCAUGGGUCCUCCUCUUUCAAUGGCUGGAGAUGAUUUGGAGCUGACAGCUCCUUCGGUUGCUGAUGCGCAGCCGCCAGCUGCUAUUCCCAUGGGCAAUGAUGCUCCUCUUCCUAUGGACGCUGAUCCUCUUUCUGCAUCUCAACCUUCUCCCCUACCUCCUCCCCCUCCUCCUCCACCACCACCACCACCUCCUCCUCCUCUUCCUCCUCCUUCUAUUACAAAUAGCAACCCUCCUCCUAUAAACCUUGGUCCCCAGCUAGAAUCGUCGCUUAGAAUUGGAAACCAAGGCGAUUCUCACCCUUUGUCUAUCGAAAGAGGGCAGGAGCACACUUCUGAUGUGCCAAACUACGCUUGCCACUUGGUUGAUAAGAAGACUGGAUAUCUCAGACAUGAUCAAAAAGUUGCAGUCGUCGAUAUGGUGAAACAACUUCGCUCAGUCCUCAAUGAUCCCAAGCCGGUGGGCAAAGAAGCGCACAAACCCAUCAUGCCCCCUUACGAGCUAAGUCUCUAUCUCUUACGCGUCUACCACAAAGAAGUCUGCUAUUUGUUUCCCUUCAUCUGCUUCUCAACCUUUAUGCGCGCCUAUCGCAGGGUCAAUGGCGAUAAUGACGCUGCCACAGGCCUUUUCCCGUCCGCCUCUUUUGGUCUCGGAGGUUCAGGAGAGGGAGCAAAUACGCACCCGUUCAUGUUUCGCUGCGCCCUCUUCACGAUGCUGUCCCACGCGUCCAAGUUCGCCGAGAUGAAGGACAAGGAAAAAAUAUUCCUUUCGCGGGCGUUUUGGGAAUGCGCCUAUGCACAUCUCACGCCGGCUCUGGUAAAGGAAAACAGCCUGGCUGCCGUGCAGACUUUUCUCAUCAUUGCUAUAUCCUUUAACAGUACGCGAUUCUCAGGAGAUGAGCGCAGGAUUCCCAUCGAGAUUGCAUAUCGCCUUGCACAGCACAUGAGGCUGGAUGAUGACGGCGAUGGAGUCAUGAGGUCUUCCGGGGAAAAAGAGGUGCGCAUGAAGGCAUGGUACGGAUGUGUUAUGAUGACUUCGUUCAUCCAAUCUGGCGUAAACUUUGACUUUCCGUCAGCUUCUGGUGUUGGUACCGAGGCUCUCGUAUCCGCUGAUCAGCCUCUAUCUGGCAGCAUCCCUUUCAGCUUCUUCACCAGUUGUGUUGCCCACUGUGAAGAGCUGGAAAAGAUUCUCCAGAAUAUGCCUAAAAGGCGCAGCUACGUCCUCUCCAGAGAAUCCAUCAGCCGCCACCCACAUCAUCUCGCAGAGUUGCUCGAGAUGCUCGCCAAGUUCCGGUCUGUGCUGCCGGCAUCACUCGAUUGGACUACUAUAGGCAUACCCGUGUUAGAAGUUGACACCUUCAAGUCUGUCGGCACCCAGAACAGAAACUUGGAAACGGCAGAGCCGCAAAUGGGAUACUUGCAAGCAUCAGAUUCUCACGCUGUUAAAGAUGCCCAAAUUACAGACCCAGACUCGGAAACUUCGCAAGCCGCAGUCUGUAAUACCAGCUUCAUGCUUAUUCGUUCUAUGCUCUUUGGUCCAAUUUUCAUGGAAGCGAGUAUACAAGAGUGCCUUGCGUCCGGUGAAGACAUAUCCACGCUGAACGCUGCGUGGGAGCAAAAAGCUGGAUUCUGUGCUCUGCAGUGUCUCAAGAAUGCCAUUCAUCUAAUCAAUUACAUGCACAGAAGAAGCACGCCUGGGGCAAAGAUUCGGGAACAGUGGCGGUGGGAUCCAUACCAUGUUGGCACUGCGGGUCUCGUCAUCAUCAUGGCCCAGACGUCCGAAUCACUGUUGGCUUCCUUUGAUCAGGCGCUUCUUCAGCAAGCUUGGAAGUUCUGCCAAGAGCUGCUUGUUCUUGACAGAUUCAACAGCAGCUUCAAGCGAGAUGUUGUUGAGUUUCUGUGGAAGGUCAAUGACGGCAUUACCAACGGCCGUAUCUUGACCAACGAGUAUUUCACGAUCCCGGAGCCUCCAUCCGCGACAGAAAAGGGCCAAGGUGGCCUCAAGACGUGGACUUUUGACGUCGAUCCUUCGCGCCUGGAGGCUGAUGGCAUCAUCAGAGUUCCUUACUGCGUGGCUCAGAUCCCCCCCGGAUUGCCCUACAAGGAUUACAUGGACUUUGAGAUAAGUCCGCGCACCAGAAUUGAAGACGUUGUAGAGCCGGCAGCGAUGAGCGUCUCCGACGCUUUUGACGGUCGACCGUCACUGACUCCCAGCGCGGACACGGAUCUCCCCUUCACCCCAAGCACGGAUUUGGACUUUACCUUUACUCCAAGCAUGAUGGAAAUGGACUUGUCCUUGGAUCCAAAUCCGUACGGGAACCCUACUCAGCCGACUUCGUCUUCCAGCAUACCCUUUAGCCCGCCAAGAUGGGAUGUAGGCAGGGUCUACCAUAGACCAGCCUCGAUAUCAACCUCCAGUUCCUUCAUGCCCUUCAUCCAACAACCCCCUUGGACUGCAGAUAUGGUGGCUUGCUAUGAUCCGCCGCCGGCAUCUGGCCCAAGCAUGCUUUUCAACCAGCUGCCAGUGGCUGCUAGUAUGGCAUAUAAUCAACCAGUGCCGGGUCCUGGUGCGUCGGGAUUUGAUGCGCCUCCUUUACGGGUAAUGCAUUUCAAUCCUAGCCUGUCCACUGACCAUGGACAGUCGGCCUUUAGCAAGGAUAGUCCCGGCCAACCACAAGCGGCCUACAUUUCUCCUGCUGGGGCUGCUCAUUUGAACGGUGGGAAUAUAUUCUUGAAUGGACUCAAGAGAAAAAGCAGGUCUUGA